AUGAAUUAUUUCAAAGCUCGCCUCACCUUCUUCCUCUUGCUCUCGUUUGCCCUCAUUACCUUGGCUCGGAUCACGCCCCAUUCAGAAAGCCAAAACAACACGAUUACAAUAAAUGACUAUGCUGAUCCAGGAGCUAAUCCUAGACAUGAUCCAAAUCAGCCACCAAUGAUGAUAAAUGACUAUGCUGAUCCAGGAGCUAAUCCAAGACAUGAUCCAAAUCAGACACCAAUGAUGAUAAAUGACUAUACUGAUCCAGGAGCUAAUCCAAGACAUGAUCCAAAUCAGCCUCCAAUGAUGAUAAAUCGAGCUAAUCCAAGACAUGAUCCAAAUCAGCCACCAAUGAUGAUAAAUGACUAUACUGAUCCAAGAGCUAAUCCUAGACAUGAUCCAAAUCAGCCACCAAUGAUGAUAAAUGACUAUGCUGAUGCAGGAGCUAAUCCAAGACAUGAUUCAAAUCAGUCGCCCCCACCUCGACGGUUUAAGGUUAGCGCUGCCGGUGGCCACGUCAGCAAAAAUUCUUAA